ACCUCCAUUCGUGACGCAAACACAUCUGGGUAGUUUAUAUUGGAACAUAGAAUAUAAAGAAAUACGCCAGCCAGACUACUUGUCCAUCUCACUUAAUAGAAAAACAAAAAAGAUUUUAAAAUCCAUAAAUGAAACAACCGAAACCACUUGUUUAAAGUUAUUGAAAAAAGUGUGUGACGUGAAGUGCCCAGCCUGCCACAAGGCACUUUAUCCAUAUAAAGCCAAGGUACAGUUCCAGUGUACAGUUCCGGGAAAAAUUGCAUGAAUAUGCCGUCCAUAAAAUCGCGUCUCAAUCCCAAUCCUUCUGAUCAAGAUGACUUUUCCUGUCGCCUGUGCUCCGGAAACCACGGUCUACGCAAAUGCAAAGCAUUCCGGAAGAAAGAUGUAAAGGAACGUAUGCAACUGGUUAUCACCCAUAGCUACUGUCCAAACUGUUUAGCACAUAAACAUUCCUCCAAUGCGUGCUUCUCAACCAAAGGAUGUUAUCAUUGUGGAGGCAAUCACCACUCUUUGUUGCACAUCGAUCAACCAAAAACAAAUGCAAAGAAGACUAAGACUGUUAAACGAGAAAAUAUGACCCAUCGUUUGACAAACCAAAAUAUUAUGUCAGUUCCUCAACAGUCUGUCACCAUGGCAUCAAUUGUAGCACCGCAAUCCACUUUAUUGUUUCCAACGGCCAUUAUUCUUGUCAUUAACGAUAAUAAAAAUCAUCACGUACGAGCAGUUCUUGAUCCUUGCACAGCUAUCAGCAAAAUAUCUCGAAAAUUUGUUAAGGAGGUAGGACUACGUACCACAACUCUUGGUGAUGAAUCAAUUUGUGCAGUAUCCAUAGCCUCACGCCAAUCUCCACAGACUGCAUUCAACACCACUAUGAGGGUAAACAACCAUAUAUCGAUGGACACUCCUACCAGAUCACUAAAUGCCUCAAUGGCAACAAACUUUAAAAACAUCACCCUAGCUGACCCUCAAUUUUAUAAGUCGGGGCCGUUUUCCAUAGUUUUGGGAGCAGACUUGUAUGCUCGACUCAUUUUACCCGGAUUGUUGCCCAGUGAUGGAAAUCUUCCAGUAGCUAUGAAUACUGUAUUCGGAUGGGUUUUGUCCGGCUCCUGCAACAACUAAAUGAGAAAAUCUCCAAUAAUUACUUCUAAAUGAAUUAAACCAAAUGUAUUAAGCUAUGUUGUAUAUAUUCUUGU